CUACUUUCAUACUCUGUGCUGGAUACGUCGAUUUCUGUUCGUGUUAGUCUAUGAAUGGAUUUGUGUGGUGUUUAUUUAAACCGAUGAUACGAAAUAGUUAACGUUGACGUGCAUUGUUCAUAACAAUUAUAGUUGAAAGACUAUGUCCAAGGAUAGUGAUACAUAUCCCCUUCCCAUCGGACCUAACGACUUGUGUUUUGAUAAAAAUGAAUUUAUUAAGAAAUCUUUUUCUGUGGACCAGUUUCUGCAGAAUCACCGUAAGAAGGCAAACCUAGAAACUCUACGAGAUGAUUUGGGGAUAUACUUGAAAGUUCUUCGUUCGGCAAUGAUAGAGUUAAUAAAUAAAGACUAUGCAGACUUUGUUAAUUUGUCAAGCAACUUAAUUGGUUUGGAUAAGGCCAUAAAUGGUAUACAAGUACCACUUGGUCAGCUGAAGGAAGAAGUGUUGCAAGUGAAGUUGAACUUGGAUGAAACAAUGGAGGAUCUGUCAUUUCGUCUUGAGCAGCGCCGGCAAAUUCGUGCAAGGAAACAAUGCCUCCAAAGCUUGGCUCGUGUACAGAGUUCUUUGAGCAAGUGGAGCACACUUCUGAACUUGGAUGAAGAUGCCAAAAAAGAAGAAGGAUUAGAAAGAAAACAGCAAAGGCCACAACUAGAUUCAGGUCUUGUGGAACGAGCAGCUUCUGAAUUUAACCAGCUCCAGUUUUGCAUUUCAAAAUGUGAGAAUGACUUGGCAGAAAGUCACAAGAAGCAUGCAGAGAAGAUUUGUGAUCUACUUACAUCAAGUCUUGAUGGGAUGUUCCUUGAAAGUUUGCAUGAGAGAGACAGUGAAGGGAUGGCUCGUUGUUUGAGAAUCUACAUCACCCUGGACAAAAUAGCAGAUGUAGAGUCUUUGUUCAGAAGAGAGGUUAUAUCACCUUCCUUGGAUGAAGUUAUCAGUGAAAAUUCUCUGCAGUCAGAUCCUAGAGGCCUUGAGGGUGUGUACUCAAGAAUUUUAUCUUUCAUUGACAGAAACAUGGAACAGCUGUUGAAGCUUACUGGAAGAGGAGUACGAAUGCCCACUGUAAAAGGAUUUGACUUCCUUGUGAAUAGCUUCUGGCCUGAAGUAGAACAACGAUUGGAAUUAUAUUUGCCUUUAAUAUAUGCCCCAGGUAAUCCAGAAAUGUUCUAUCAGAGGUACUGUGAAACGCAGGACUUUCUGGGAAAACUAGAGAGGUACUGUGGUACUCAAGUUGGUGUGAAGAAGCUACAUGCUCAUCCUCAGUAUGUGGCUUUUCUUCAACGCUGGAAUCUUCCUGUGUACUUCCAGAUCAGGUUCCAGGAAAUCGCUGGCAUACUUGAGACUGUCCUGAGUGAAGGAAAUCCUGGGGUUCUGUCAGCUCCAACAGAUUUUCAGUUGCAGGCAACAGCUACUGCUUGGGAUUGCCUUAUGCGCUGCUGGGCAAGCGGAGUUUUUAUGUACCAGCUCACACACAGGUUUUGGAAAUUGAAUCUUCAGAUUUUAGCUCGAUAUUAUACCUGGGUUGGUGAAUCUCUGGAGCAGAAGUGGCCUUCUGAGAGUUUAGCUUCCAAUGCAUUUAGUAGUGAUACCUCUUGUUCAGCUAGACUUCAGUUUCUGGUGCAUCUGUAUACUGAUGUGAACAAACUUGUUGCAAGAUUGCCAAAUUUAUUGGACACUGUCACAAUGAAGUUGGAUAGCUUAUCUCAACAAGGACAGGAAUUGCUCAAGAGUUGUCUUAAGGAAUCAGAACAGCAGUUACUCACUAGACUGCCUCUGAUAACACAGUUCAUUCUUGGUGAAAUAAGCAGCCAGAGCUUGCCAUACUUGCGACAAGUGAGUGAUAUUCCUAGACUAUUCAGACGUACCAACAGAGAGAUGCCAACUAAACCUUGUUCAUAUGUGGCGCAAGUUGUGGCUCUGCCAAUGGCAUUCUAUAAUGCUCAAAAAUCAGUAGUGAACACAGAGCUGCUGGAAAAUUGGUUGACACUCACAUUCUCAGCAAUAACACAACAGUUUUUCAGUUGUGUGGAUGAUGUUCUCACAUCAGUCCAGAAGACAGAAGAAAGUUUACGUCGUUUGAAAAAGAUCCGAGACCGUUCUGCUGCAGCUUCGAGCAGUGAAGCCAGAGGAGUGGGAGAUGAUGAUAAGAUUAGGCAGCAGCUUCUUCUGGAUGUGUACAGCUAUUGUGAAGGGGUUGAAAGUGUUGGCAUAGCAAGAAUGAAUGUGGAUAAGUUAGAAGAACUUGUAUCGUUGGUGGAGGCUGCCAGAACUAAGAGUGACUUAAAUAAAUGAUAACAUUCUUAAAGAUAGCAUUAAAUCUGGAAAAACAACUUCAAUAAUAAUAUAUAUAUGGUAAUGUGGACCUUGAGAAAAAAUUAUUGACCUUGUUGAGAAUGAGAAAUCUGCAAUUUCGGUGACAGUCUGUAUGCCACUAGUGCCUCUUUAUUGUGUGUAUGUUGAUAAAAAAUGUCAUUAAAGCCAGUUGACAUA